AUGUCUGAAAAUCUCAAGACCAUGAACCCAUCAUCAACACAAGACACAACCGACCACGAGAAAACUAACAAUAACCAUCAAAUACAAUCGGAGGAUAGAGUUCGUGUGCCAGGUUCAUCCACACUAUUUCCGACAGGUAUCAUUCAAGAUGGACAAAUGUUUGUUGAUCCCGAAACUAAGCUUGAAUAUAUCUAUCAUGGAGACAAGAGUGCUUGGUUUCCUCAUGUUCAGGAAAAUCAAUUCGAAGAUCAACAAUCCAUCUAUAAUUUUCAGGAAACGGAGGAGAUGAGACAAGAGAGAUUGGAGAAGGAACGUGCUUUGAAAAUACGAGAACAACUCCAAAAAGAAAAACUCGAAAAGAAGAAGCGAAAACAUGGCUCUGAAAGUACAAAUCAAAAAUUGUUUAAUUCAAAGAAAGUUGCUUUAGAAAAUGAUGAACAAGAGGAAGAAAAUCAAGGCGAAAUUUCCACUCCAGAAGAAAAGAAGAAAAAAACCAAUGACGAUUUUUUACCUGGAUGGCAUGAACAAUUCAAUACUUCAAUAUACAUUACUGGAUUACCGCUGGAUGAUAAGAAGGUCACUCUGCAUUUUUUAAUUGACACCUUUUCCAAGUGUGGAAUUAUCAAAACAGAUCCCUUCACAGAGCAACCAAAAGUUAAAUUAUACAGAGAUGAACAUGGAAAGCUUAAGGGAGAUGCCAGAGUGACGUUUCUCAAGGAGGAGAGCAUUGAUUUGGCUCUCACUCUAUUUGAUGGAGCUUGUCUUUUCGGAGAUGGAACUAAAAUUACUGUGGAACGAGCAAAAUUCACCAAGCCUGAAAAUUAUGAUGCAUCGCGAAGUUUAGAAUAUCACAAUAGAAGAAAACAAAUUAAGGAUAAGGAGAAUAGAAAAUUACAAUGGGGCUUUGGGGAUUAUCCAGACGAAGCAAUGGGCUCUGAAAAUGAACCACAAGGGCGAGUGGUCAUUCUCAAACACAUGUUUGUUCCAGAAGAUUUCUCGACGGAUCCACUUUUUGGAGCCGAAUUGAAAGAUGAAAUCAAAAGUGAAAUGGAGAAAAUUGGAAAAGUCGACAAGAUUAAAAUUUACUCUGAAAAUCCUGAGGGAGUUGUGGAAAUUCGAUUCAAAUCGCCCAAUCACGCUCGAGCAUGUAUUAAAGAAAAUAAUGGAAGAAUGUUCGAUGGUGGUCGUGUGGUGGCCUAUUUAUGGGAUGGCAAAGAGAAUUUCAACGUUGUGGAGUCUAAGGAACAGGAAGAAGAACGUCUUGAAAGAUAUACGAAAGAGUAUGUCGAAAAGUCCAAUGAAAAAUCAACGGAGAGUAAACCUUGA